CCCGCAAUCCCAGCCCCGUAUCCCUGCACCCCAAUACCCCAUACCCUUGCAACCCACAUCCCCAGCCCCGCACCCCUGCAUUCUGCUGCCCUGUACCCCCGCAACUUGCAACCCCAGCCCUGUAUCCCUGCAUCCCAAUACCCUGUAUCCCUGCAGCAUAUAUCCCCAGCCCUAUAUCUCUAUCCCACCGCCCCAUACCCCAGCAGCCCACCUUCCCAGCCCCAUAA